UGUAGAAAGGGCCAGGAGAGUGUUACUCGCGGUCAUCCGGGCUUGGGCCUUUUAUCUUGGCGCUGCUGGGGAGGCGGGAGGAGGAGACACCGGGGGUGGCCCUGAGCGUCGGCGACACCUUUCCGGGGCUCUAUAAAUUGAGCACCUGGGAUGGGUAAGGGGCCAAAGCCACCACCGCCUCCCGCAGUCACAGUCCGGCCACUGACCUCAGCAUCGCCAGCAGGCAGCGGCCGCCAGCAGCGGGAACGCUGAGCUACCCAGCAGCAGGGGAUCUCGAGGCGCCAGAGGAGGUGGGUGCCUCCUCCCCAUCUCUGCCCCGGCCAGGGCUCGACCCACGGACCACGCGCCGCCAUCGCGAGCUUCCGGACGCCCAAGCCAGGGGAAGCCGCGCAUCCCGUAGGGCCGGGCUGCGAGCGAGACUAGAGUUGGUGAGGGCGGAAGAGGAGCGGGGAAUCCCGCCGCACCGGCUAUAGCCAGGCCCCCAGCGCGUGAAGGCGGACACUCCCUCGCCCCAGCCGGCCAGCCCGUGCCUCUGCGUCCCUGUGCUUCGGCGCCCGCGCGGCCACCAUGAUGCAAAUCUGCGACACCUACAACCAGAAGCACUCGCUCUUUAACGCCAUGAACCGCUUCAUCGGUGCCGUGAACAACAUGGACCAGACGGUGAUGGUGCCCAGCCUGCUACGCGACGUGCCCCUGGCCGAGCCCGGGCUGGAUAACGACGUCAGCGUGGAGGUAGGCGGCAGUGGCGGCUGCCUGGAGGAGCGCACGCCCCCGGCCCCCAGUCCCGGCAGCGCCAAUGGCAGCUUUUUCGCGCCCUCCCGGGACAUGUACAGCCACUACAUGCUGCUCAAGUCCAUCCGCAACGACAUCGAGUGGGGGGUCCUUCACCAGCCGCCGCCGGCGGGGAGCGAGGAGGGCAGCACCUGGAAGUCCAAGGACAUCCUGGUGGACCUGAGCCACCUGGAGGGCGCGGACACCGGCGAGGAGGACCUGGAACAGCAGUUCCACUACCACCUGCGCGGGCUGCACACUGUGCUCUCCAAACUCACACGCAAAGCCAACAUCCUCACUAACAGAUACAAGCAGGAGAUCGGCUUCAGCAAUUGGGGCCACUGAGGCGGGACGCCCGCGGGUUGCCCCGCACCCUUCCCGGCCCCACCUCUCACCCUCUCUUUCCUCAGAGCUGUUUCUUUCUGGCUGUAGAGCACUAUGGGCUGACUGCAAAGUUGGGGGGCUGCGUACGUGCAGGGGGCGCGGCGGGGCUGCAUGGAAGCGGGGACCUCUUUUGGAAGAGCAGAGCAAAGUGGUGGCGGAAGAGAGGGGGCUCAAGGAUCUCCCUCCGGCGGGGUGGGGGCGGGGCGUGGCGGCUGUGUUCUAACCUGGUGGGAAUGGGACUGAGCUGACGCCCUGCCUUCAGCCUGUGCCUUUCCCGGACUUUCUUUUCUGUUCUUUCGGAGGAGAAGGGGCCAUGCCUGGGCGCGGCGCUGGGUUGCCACACUUGGGAGCGCCGCCGGAGCUGGGCGCUGGGAAGGCGGGGCGCGCAGGCUCCUGCCGCCCUGCCGUUGGGCUGGCGGAGGCCGCAGCGUUGCUAGGAUUGCAUCAGUUUUCCUGUUUGCACUACUUCUUUUUGUAACAGUGGCCCUUUCUUAAGUAUUUCGAAUCUCCUCCUUGCUCUGAAACUUGAGCGAUUCCAUUGUGAUAAGCGCACAAACAGCACCGAGUGUCGGUAACCGGUACUACUUUAUUAAUGAUUUUCUGUUACACUGUAUAGUUGUCCUGUGGCACCCCUACCCCAUCCCUUUCUCGCCACCCUUUCUCCCACCCCACCCCAGUGUGUGUAAGUUGGCACUGUGCCAGCUUGCACGAAGCUUGCCACUCCGCCAGUGAAAAUAAUAACAUUAUUAUGAGAAAGUGGACUUAUCUGAAAUGGAACUAACUGACAUUCUAUCCGUGUGGGACAUAGAAUGAUGAAGGGUUCCACUGUUGUUAUAUGUCUUAAAUUUAUUUAAAACUUUUUUAAUCCAGAUGUAGACUAUAUUCUAAAAAAUAAAAAAAGCAAAUGUGUUCACGAAA